ACAAACCGACGUGUUCCUUUCUACCAAGUUUGUGUUUUUACCUCUGAAUCACUGUUUUAAACCUUUGUGUUUGAAGGUAGAAAUCUGAAGAAGAGGUCGAUAUCGCAUUGUACUCGACAAGGUUUCUUUGCUCAGACCAGACAUUGAGGCUCAAGGGAAACUCAGGUGGACUAAAGAAAUAGUGAAAAGAACUUGAUGAAUGUAAGGCUUGAAUUUUUUGUGGGGAUGCGAAGGAAGUUUCUAUUGCAAAGAUGGUUUUUGAAGCCAGGACUUGACAUCGACAAACAUGAGGUUUCUGUCGUCAAUAUUAUUCUGGAUAACUCUAGGAAAUGCUAUUUGGAGAUUAGCCGAGGCAGAAGAAGAAAGGUCCCUUAAAUAUUAUGAGAAGUCGAUGGAAGAGGCGUUGCAGCUUUCAAAGAAGAUAAAUGACGCUUUAGCUGUGCAUGACAAGAAGGUUCGACCAAACGCUGGAGGUCCUCCUGUUAUGGUAGACGUAGAAUUCAAGAUCAUUUCGAUUGGAGAAAUCAAGGAAGCCAGCAUGGAAUACACGAUGGAUAUUUUCUUUCGACAAUGGUGGGUUGAUCCGCGGCUGGCACACAAUUUCAGCACUCCAUUUAACAUGGCAGGGGACGCUACAAAGUUGAUUUGGACACCAGAUACAUUCUUUUGGAAUGUGAAAGCUGCCAAAUAUCACAAAGUAACACGGGAGAACAUGAGAAUUAAAAUCCGCGGCAAUGGAGAAGUCUAUUUCAGCACGAGGAUUACUUUUACGGCACAGUGUGACAUGAAUCUUCGCUUGUAUCCGAUGGAUAUUCAAGUUUGUCCAUUGACCAUCGAGAGCUAUGCACAUACCACAGCUGAUGUUGAUUACCGAUGGAAAGGAGGAAAGGCACAAGGUGUUGAAAUCGUCUCUAAAGAAAUGGCCCAGUUUGAGUUUGUUGGUGCAAAAACCUCAACUAAGGCAAACACCAAUAGUAAAGGUUCUUUCGCCAGUUUGCGAGCAUUUUUCACAUUCAAACGUCGCGUGUCCUACUUCAUCACGGCGACCUACAUGCCUGCUAUGGUCCUAGUGAUCCUCAGCUGGUGUUGCUUCUGGAUCAGCCGCGCUGCUGUACCAGCCCGAGUCACCCUCUCCAUAACAACAAUUUUAACUACCAUACUACUCUAUGGCUCGGUCAAUUCUAACAUGCCUAAGGUGAGCUAUAGUAAAGCCAUUGACUACUUUCUUAUGACGUCAUUGGGGUUUAUCUUUAUGUCACUUCUGGAGUUCAUUCUCGUUCUCAACACGGAUCCACGGUUCUGGACCCAAAGACGAAGGCAGCAAAAGGCUGAAAAAAUGAAGUCACUUUACAAAGAGGUUCCCUCCGAGACCGUUGUCUCACUUAUGGACGGCAAGGCUCAGCCGACAGACGUUCUCAAGGAGAGCACAGUCUUGACUCCUCUUAAUGGCCCGACCAAAGAACCUGAAAAGGAUCCACCAAAAGCACCACCAACGCCACCAGCCGCUACGACCCAUUGGAUCGAUUACGUCGCUCGUAUUCUUUUCCCCAUUGUCUACUUCUCGUUUGUAACCUUCUAUUGGAUAUACUACAUCAACCACCCCGAGUCAGCCAUGGGUGAAGUUACUGAGUGAUACUAAGUCAGUACCCCUUUGGAAGUUGACUUCAAGUUUGCCAACGCAUUCUAAACUAGCUUUCCUACUUUUUGCCAUACUUCAUAAUUUUUUCUGGCUGAACUCCGUCACAAGAGAAGAAUGCUUACUAAUUUAUGAAAAAAUUGUAAGAGCUCUCAAAAUACUAACUUUAACCUCGUUGUCUUAAGCCUCAAAGUGAUUAUCAAAAGCAAUGUAUUAAAUUCUAAGCUUCCGGUGAGUUUUUCGAACUGACACGUGAACCCCAAGGAAGGACUAAAAACAGUGGAAAACAGGUCACUGAGGGAGCAUGAUCUCCGUAUCGGUGCAUCGUUUAGACUCAUCUUUGGAAGCAAGUAUUAAAAGUAGUGGUAUUAUCUCUUUAAUAAUUUUGGUACAUUUUCAUUUCACAAUAUGCAUAUCAAAAAAGGCCAUAUGAAAAGGAAAUCUGUGUUUUUGACGAAAGAUAAGUGAUUUGUUAUAUGACUAUUUGGGUUCUCGCACUGAAUCUUAUAGAAAACCAUGAUGAAAGCUAAUACAUGCAAGUAUGGAGCCAGAUAAAUUGACGCGAGCUGGUCUGGUGAAAGCCGUUCGGCACCGGACUCUACCUGCUCAGCUUCUCUUUUCGAGAACUUGAAUUCUAAUUGGGAACUUAAGCUCAAAUAUUUCUCAGAUAUUUCUCAGAUAUUUCGCGUUUUGUAGUCGUUCAACGCGCGCCCUUCUUGUGAAUGAAAUUGCGUUUUAUUUUGGUUCAAACAUAAUUCCAAAAUUACGACUUGAUGCUCAUUAUGAUCUAGCACAUGGCGAAAAAGUUUGGUUGGUCGAACGGGAAAAUACUCGGCCUUCUUUUGGUGAAAGAACAUGUAGGUAACAUGCUUUAAUGUUUUCUUGUGCAAAAUCCUUACGACCAGAAUGAAAGUCAAAUUUAUGUCGGAUUAUAUAUCAGCUGUUAAAAAAAUUAGAUGUCAUUAUCAAUGACAGCAUAGUAUUAGUAAUAAGAUAAGACCCAUUUCAUUUAGUUACAGUGCUUAAAAAACGGUUCCGAAGACUCUAAUCAUUUGGUAAACUAAUUUUUUUCGCCGGGUAUCGAAAGGAUAAACAACACGCACACAAAGAAAAACAAGAGUGUAAAACAUGUGGAUGCAAAGUGAUAUUUUUUCCUUACUAGAAAUUUAUUUUCACUUGAUCACAAGUCUCAGAGGUCACUGACUCAUGCCAUGAAUUAUUCAUUUAUAGUAUAGCAGAAUGAUGCUAGAUCAAUUGCUAUUUUAAGAGACAAGGAAUACAAAUUGUUGUGUACAGUAAGUGUAGAGGAUGUACACUCUAUGAGGUUCUUAUGUCUUCUCUUUGUUCUGGAAAUAGUGCACGCAACCUUAAAAAGAGAGGCUUAAAAAGUCAAAGCCUGAGUUAGCGUCAAAUUCGGUAUUUAUUUUAAACGUAUAUGACAGUCUAUAAUAUUACUGCUAAACGUCGAACUUAUUGACUUCGUGGCAAAUUAUAAUUAUAGCUGUUAUUAUAAACAUUUAUGAUUCUGUCGGUAUGACAAACAUUUAUUUAAUGAUUUCAAGAGGAGUUUCUAUGGAGAAAAAGAGUCAUCUUGGAAUUCGUAUUUGCUCAGUAAAACUUAUUAUUGUCGUAAUAUUGAUGCCAGGACAGACUUCUUACGUUCUCCAAAUUUAUUCUGAAGGAAUUAACGUCUGUUCCCUGAAAUUGUUAUAUGGCAAUGUGUUCUUGAUAAUUUGUAAAUAGAAUGCUCUUAAUUAACAGCCAAUAAAAGCAUCGUAGAUUAA